ACCGACACAGUUGCCUUUGCCUGCUAGAAGCGUCAAACACAAUCUGCUGGGGCGGACUAGCCUGUCUGUCUCCUCUGUCUCCUCUGUGUGUUCAACGUACCUCGCAAAUAUUUUUGCCUUUCGCAGUCUCUUGAGGAUAUAUAUAUAUAUAUAUAUUUUUUUUUUGAAUCAAGGGAUGUCCAAGCGAGUGCGAAGCAGAGAGGUCUGCGCUGAUUGCAGUGCCCCGGAGCCGCGCUGGGCCUCGGUGAACAGGGGGGUGUUGAUCUGCGAUGAGUGCUGCAGCAUCCACCGAGGUCUGGGGCGACACAGCUCUCAAGUCCGGCAUCUGACCCAUUGUCCGUGGCCCCCGUCCCAGAUACAGAUGGUCCAGACACUGUAUGGCAACGGAGCCAAUUCCAUAUGGGAGCACAGCCUCCUGGACCCUUCCUCUUCAGCGAGCGGGAAGCGUAAGGCAAAUCCCCAGGACCGAGUUCAUCCCAACAAGACAGAGUUCAUCAAGGCCAAAUAUCAAAUGUUAGCCUAUGUCCAUCGAAUGCCUUGUCGGGAGGAUGAUAGUGUAACCGCAAAAGACCUCAGCAAGCAACUCCAUUCCAGUGUUCGGACUGGAAACCUGGAGACCUGCCUUCGGCUCUUAUCUUUGGGAGCACAGGCCAACUUCUUCCAUCCAGAGAAGGGAAACACCCCACUACACAUAGCAGCAAAAGCAGGUCAGGUGUUACAAGCAGAGCUGUUGGCAGUUUUCGGAGCUGAUCCCGGAGCUCUGGACUCCAGCGGAAAGACCCCCAUUGAUUAUGCAAGACAAGCUGGGCACCAGGAGCUGGCAGAGAGGCUAGUGGAGAUCCAGUAUGAACUCACUGACCGCUUAACAUUUUACCUUUGUGGUAGGAGACCAGAUCACAGAAAUGGGCAACACUUCAUCAUCCCACAGAUGGCAGACAGAAAUAAUCUGGAUUUGUCGGAGUUUGCAAAAGCUGCAAAGAAAAAGCUGCAGUCGCUAACUAACCAUCAGUUUGAAGAACUUGCCAUGGAUGUUUAUGAUGAAGUUGACAGAAGAGAGACAGAUGCCGUGUGGUUGGCCACUCAGAACCACAGCACACUCGUGACGGACACCACGGUUGUACCUUUUCUGCCUGUUAACCCAGAGUACUCAUCUACAAGAAACCAGGGUCGUCAAAAAUUGGCGAGAUUCAGUGCUCAUGAAUUUGCCACCCUGGUAAUCGAUAUUCUAACUGAUGCUAAGCGACGGCAAUGGGGUAAUUCCUGCGACAGUCCCAAAGAGAAUGUGGAGCUGAUCCUUCAGGGAAUCGACAGUCGCCACAACAGCGAGAGCCAGGACAACGAUCAGCCAGAUUACGACAGUGUGGCAUCAGAUGAAGACCCAGUACAAGAGGCCACGUGUGGGGACAGCUGCAAUGACGGAAGGACCAAGAGCUCAGAGUCAUCUGACCUCUCCGAUGGACCAAUCACAGUGCAGGAAUUUAUGGAAGUGAAGACUGCCCUCAAUGCAUCAGAGGUCAAAAUUCAACAGCUUCUCAAAGUCAACUGUCAUCUUAGCGAAGAAUUGCGUUUGAUGCAGAGCAAGCUGAGCUCCCUGCAGACUGAAAACACAACACUGCGAUGGCAGACCCCCAGCGGGCAGCAAAACGUCCAGGGGCCCCUCGGUCGACACCCACCCCGCGGGGGUCGGGCCAUGUCGAUGUACGAGACGGGGUCUUCUCCGAGGCCGUACUCCCACCGAGCCGAAACAGCCCGGCACGAGGAAGGCGUGGUGUUACAACCCUUCCCAACCAAUAUUGGGAGGGGUCCUUUGGGGACGGCUGCUUCCUCCCUCCCUACCUUCCCCUCUUCCUUGUCCUGGUCGCGGGACGAGAGAUCUCGAAGGGGCUGUAGUUUGGAAGGACGGAGUACCAUGCUGGAGAAUGACUGCGACACUACGCCCAACCACUCUGAAAUAGAGGAAACUGGUAGUCCUCCCCCAGCCUCUAACGUUAUGGAACCAGAGUCGGGGGUUGAAGAAGAUUCCACCCUGCCGUGCACAGAGGACGUCAUCUGUAAGACGGAGCAGAUCACCAAAAAUAUACAGGAGCUUCUGAGAGCGGCCCAGGAGACCAAACACGAAAGCUUUCUGCCUUGCUCUGAAAAGAUUUGCGUGGCCGUGACGGAGAUGGCCUCCCUGUUUCCCAAGAGGCCGUCCUCCGAUACCGUGCGAGGGUCCCUUUGCCUGCUCACGUCCAGUGCCAGCCGGCUGCACGGAGAGUGCCAGAAGGCUGCGGAUCACAACCCCUGCCCGUCGGACAUCCAGCUGGUCACUCAGCAGUACGUCACGGACACCAGAGAUCAUCAGUCGGGCUCCAGUCUUGUUUCUGACGUGACUGAGCAGCCAGAGAGGACCAAAAAAAAAAAAAUGGCAUCAAGGAUCAGAAUAGAUAAACCUUCAUCUACCCCCGUGACAUUGGUUAAAUUCACUUUAGCCAUUACAUUUUUUAUUUUUGAAGAUGCAAUGACGGUGUUUAAAUUUUGAUUUAUGAUGCCACCUACUUAGAAUUCCAAUGUUUGUUUAGUAAGCAAGCUGAUAAUUAAAAAAAAAAAAUAGCGUCACUGCAUCGAGCAGCAUGUAAGAACCAAGAGUGUGUUAACUUUAAUUCCAUCCAGUGUUUUCGCUCUGGUUGAAGUAAGUUUGUUUGUAAGUAAGGUUUCAGUAUAUGGAGUUCAAAUGUUACAGCUAUACUUCUAGCGUGUGUGUGUGUGUGUGCGCGCGUGUGCGUGCGUGCGUGUGUGUGUGUCACAGAUGGCCCGGGUGAAAUCCAUUUUUGAAUCAAUUUUAAUAGCAUUAUGCAAGUAUAUAAGAUGUAUGUAUCCAUGUAAUUCUCUAUCAAAAAUAACCCAAAUGCUAUUCUAUUUAUAAAGUGUAUGUCAUACCUCUAAGAAAAUAUCAAUGUUUAUUUUCAUAAGCUUUCUUUUGUUUAACACGAUGCUCCUCGCAGGCUAACGUUUGUUCCGAGGUUUGGGACGUCUCAGCUGGCGGUUGGUUAUAGGCGACUUGUGAUCUCUGUAUUAUUCGGUGUGGUGCUGUAAACUCUGGUUUGUUCGAUUCUGCCUGUGGUCAAACACGUACCGCUAGUGGUCAAAUGUGCCCUCUUAAGUUAGAUUACCUGUUUUAGAACUUGGGUCUAAUUGUGUCACUACUUGUUGUGGGCCUGAUAGGUUUGAGCCGGGGGUGGAAAGACGACUAGAAUACCACACACAAGAGUAGUAGUUACCCGUGUUAAAUUAUUGUUCCUCUAAACCAUUUUUGAGAAAUAACUUUUGUAAGUCUUGUUAAAAAAGAUAUAUCAUGUUUUUUUUCUUCCUCUUACUGUAAUGUGGACUGAUGAUGACAGAAAUUGUCAGGCACACGUCUGUACGAUUAACCACUAUUUACUUUCAUUUUUCCUGCGUUGCUAUCAAUGUUAUUUUCAUUUUUUUUUAUUAACUUUUUAAAAAGUCAUAGGAGCGUUUAAAACCAAGAGCACGUAGCCUUUGCUGAACAGGAAAAAAAAUGUGAGUGAGAAAAGGAAGUGUUAACAUAGAGACCAUCACUUAAUGUGGCUAACAAUUGCUCAUGAAAUCAAAACGUCAGUUGUAGGACCCUUUGUUAAAUGUGUUAUUACUUUCAAAAAGUAAUAACACAUUCAUAACUCACCAGUCAAACAGGAAAUGAAAGAACAACCUGACUUUUUAAAAUGAUAACGUGUUACAAAGUGUGUGUAUAUUCUGUUGUGUCCCACCCCUGGCUUCACGUGUGACCUUUGACCUCCUGUGACCUACAGCCUGGCACCGUCUCUGUGGUCGAAAACAACCCCCGCCUCCCUUUUUGGGGUAUAAUUAAUAAAGCAUAAUUCAUACCUCAACACA